CUUUUCAUUUGUGCCUUCCAUUGCGACAGCGAUUGACUUCGAUUCAAUUUCCAUAGCUUGUUUUCAUCAACCCUUUGUCGUCUCCGUACAAGACCUUGCUUAGAAGAAAAAUGUCAACCUUCCCUGACUCUUUCACUCAACUCGCCGACGACUCCUUAGACUCUUUUGACUCUGUUCCACACCAGGAAGAAGACGGUGCCGGCUACGCCGGAUACGACCCUUCUCAGCAAUUCGACUCUUUCGCCGACCACUCGGAUCAUGCCAAGGGCUCCAGUGAUGAUGUGUUUGCAUCAGAUUCAUACACAAAUGGGGUGGGUUUUGGCCAAGAUUUUGGCGGAUCGGACGGCCCGGUUUUGCCUCCGCCGGCGGAGAUGGAGCCUGAGGAAGGUGUUGCUCUCAGGGAAUGGAGAAGGGAGAAUGCAAUUCGGUUGGAGGAGAAGGAGAAGAGGGAGAAGGAGUUAUUGAGCCAAAUAAUUGAGGAAGCUGAUCAAUACAAAGUUGAGUUUUAUAAGAAAAGGGAGGUGACCUGUGAAAAUAACAAGGCCAAUAACAGAGACAAAGAGAAGAUAUUUGUAGCCAAUCAUGAGAAAUUCCAUGCCGAAGCUGAUAAGCAUUACUGGAAAGCAAUCGCGGAGCUCAUUCCUAAUGAAGUGCCAACCAUAGAGAAAAGAGGAAAAAAGGAGAAGGAGAAGAAGCCUUCCAUUGUCGUUGUCCAAGGUCCUAAGCCCGGGAAACCUACUGACCGUUCGAGGAUGAGACAGAUACUCGUGAAACUAAAGCACAACACACCUUCUCACCUGAAGCACUCUCCGCCGCCACCACCUGCAGCUGCUGCUGCAAAAGAUCAAGAUGCAAAAACUGGUAAUACUUCUUCUGUCCCAGCUGCUCUUCCAGUCACAAGCACCCCUGAAGCUGUAGUAGCUGCUUAGAUAGUUUUUAUUUUAACUUAUCAGCUUCUGUAAUAAAAAAAUAAAAAAAAGUAUCUAUAAGACUAUAUCUUGUGGGUAGACUGAUGUUUAGCUGGUUGUCAUCCUCAGCAGUAGUAGGGUACAUAGUUGGUUUCAUGAGGUUAUAAAUUAAGAGUUUGUCUAUGCACGAAACUUUGUCAUUUAGAUGGAAUGUAGUAAUAAUGUACGCCGCUAUUUUACUCAAAUUCGGAUAUAUCUGAUGCGAGUAUAUGUUUGGAAUGAACGUGCUUAAUUGUUUUCUUA